AUAAAAUAUUCGGCCUUAGCUAGUGACGGAUAAAACGAAACAUUUUACUCUACGGUCGCGUAUAAAAUAUUCCGAAACCCAAGUUGAAAUCAAUAGAGUUGGUCAUAACGUUUUUAAUUAAAAUUUCAAUUAAAUUACUAAGAAAAAUGAAUCAAUCAAACUAAUUAACAUAAAUCCAAUAUUGCUUAGCUAGAAAUCUCUCCUGAAUGGAGAAAUACUUGAUUAUCGAUUGUUCAAUUGAUUCAUUAAUUUCAUCAAAGGAUCAAAAUUCUUACUUGUAAAUUUAAUCAAUUAAUUUUUGUUAUUAUACAGAAAUGAACGAAGAUUCAGUAAAAAUUUACUUGAAGGAGCAUCCGGAAUUUUUAGAAAAAUAUAUUUUUCGACAUGUACCACCGGAUAUAGUUGAAAAUUGGGUUAAAAAACGUUAUAGACAAAUCAACGAAGAUUACAAUGCAGAAAAAGACAAAAAUACUUCUGGAAAUGAAAGUUCUCUCGAAGAUACGGAAAAGGUCGAAAAAUGCCAACAUUUAGCUCAAUUAACAAAAAAUAUCUGGCAACAGCCUAAUCAAGCCUUCCUUUUAUACGAAUUAUCUCAAACUGUAGCUAAAGCAAUCAACGCAGAUGGAGGAAAUUUGUACAUGUGCGAUAGCAGCACUAACCAGAUAUAUUACUUUACUGAAAAAUUCAGUGAUCGAUCGGUUUCUCCUUUGGUCCGAGACGUUGGCGAAGGAAGUUGUCUGGCCGCCUUUGUUGCUCAUGUAAGGAAAACAACGAGGGUUGAUGAAAUUCUUGGGGAUGAUAGAUAUCCUGAAGGAUUAGGUCCGGCAAAUGAUGGAGGAAGUGCUCAAUCUGUUCUCGCCUUUCCUAUUAUUCAUUUGGACACGGAAGAGUUAUUGGGUGUCAUUGAAUUAUACAGGACUGUUGGGCAUACACCAUUUAAUGAGGACGAACAAGAGAUAACGGGAGAAUUAACAGUUUGGGGAGAAUUAGUUGUGAAUUUUGCUCAGAUGUACUACAAUAUGACGAGACAGAGAAAAUUGAACGAAUUCCUUUUAAGUGUUGCCAAAUCUAUAUUUCAAGAUAUUUCCAUGGAUACAGUAAUCAUGAAGAUAAUGGAUUUUGCCAAAAAACUCGUUCAAGCCGACAGGACGGCAUUAUUUUUAUUGGAUAAUAAAAGCAGACAACUAUAUGCCAGAGUAUUCGAUAUGGGUACAGACGAAAAGGAAUCUACUGCACUCUCCAUUCAAAAGGAAAUAAGAUUUCCAAUGGACAAAGGCGUUGCUGGCUACGUUGCUACAACUGGUGAAACUGUAAAUAUCCACGAUGCCUACAGCGAUGAGAGAUUUAAUAGACAAGUCGAUAUUCAAACUGGUUAUACAACUAAAACAAUUUUGUGUAUGCCAAUAAAAUUGAAGAAAACAAUUAUCGGAGUGGUUCAAAUGCUGAACAAAUCGAAUGGAAUAUUUACAAAAGACGACGAGGAGGCUUUUGAAAGUUUCGGAAUUUAUUGCGGCUUAGCUUUGUAUCAUGCCAAGUUAUAUGAUAAAAUUAGAAGAUCAGAGCAAAAGUAUAAAGUUGCUUUAGAAGUUUUAAGUUAUCAUUCUCAAGCUGUUGAAGACGAAGUGAAUAGGUUGGCUGAUGUCCCACUUCCAGAAAAAUGUGAAAAUAUUACAAAAUUCGAUUUUUCACCUUGGUCUUUGGAUAAUAAGCCGCUUUACGUUUAUUACAUGUUCAAUGAUUUGUUUGGAAUGGCGACAUUCGAUGCGAAAACACUCAUGAGAUUUACCUUAACUGUCAGGAAAAACUACAGAAAUGUACCUUAUCACAAUUGGGAGCACGCAUUUAGUGUCGCCCAUGCAAUGUAUACGAUUUUGAAGAAUACGAAUAAUCAAUUUACUUUGAUUGAAAAAAUCGGUUUGUUUGUUGGUUCACUAUGUCAUGAUUUAGAUCAUCGAGGUAAAACCAAUUCGUUUAUGGUCAAAAGUUCUUCCCCAUUAGCAGCCAUAUACAGUACUUCAACAAUGGAGCAUCACCAUUUCAAUCAAACUGUCGCCAUUUUACAGCAUGACGGCCAUAAUAUAUUCAAUACUUUAUCAUCGGACGAGUACAGACAAAUUUUAUCAAAUAUAAAGCAUUGUAUCUUAGCUACAGACUUAGCACUGUUCUUUCCAAAUAAAUCCCAAUUAAGGAACAACAUUGACGAAGGAACAUUUUCUUGGCAAAAUGAAAAUUGUCGGUUAGUUUACAAUACUUGUAUAAAAAGCGCAUAUUUGCUCAGCAUCUCGUUUUAUAUUUAAUCAUAUUUUAAUAGAUCUCAGAUAUUUAUAUUAUAUACAUAUACUGUAUAUAUUUAUACAUAUAUAUAUAUUAUCAUCAUCAUUUAAAUAUACUUUGUAAAUAUCAUAUACUAUCCAGCAAACUGGUAUUGGCUAUCACAAUGACAUCUUGUGAUUUAUGUGCCAAUAUGAAACCUUGGGACAUUCAUGCAGAACAAGUGAAAGAAUUAUAUGAAGAGUUUUGGGAACAGGUUAGAAAUCGCAAAAACAAAUCUAAUUACAAUAUGCAAUAUGUCAUGUGAUUUUUUCCGAGCAUGCUGUCCUAUUUUGUUAGUGUUGUUAGAUGCUGAGCGACGCCGCGAUUAAUCGGUUUUUUUUUCAUAUUUCUAAUCUUCAAAUGUGAUUGCGCAGCCUUUUGCUUAUGGCAAUAAGCAUGACCGCAUCUGAUUUGUGCAGUAUGUACAAACCUUGGAAUCUUCAAUUGAAAUUAGUAAAUGUUAUAAUGGAAGAAUUUUGGCAACAGGUGCUUAAAUGGUUUUUAGCACAAUUUAACAUAUAUAUAUCUUUUUUUCUUAUUUUUUCUUUUCUUUUUUCC